UUGAUUCCGGAAACAGCUCCAUCCUCGUGCGAGGAUAUCGGCAUCGAUUUGUUCCUAUGUGAUAGACUGUCUGAUGUGGAGUAUGCAGACGACGUCAUACUGCUAAUUAAAAAUCCAGGCGAUGACGAAGUCCGUUCAGUAGGUCAUCGCGGGGAGUUUAUCAUUCAUGUGAUCAACCAGGACUUGGCUCAUCCGGUGUUCCAGCUCGCCUCUCAGGGUGAUGCCGAGGGUUUGAACAGUUUGUUGUCUGCAGAUCCACAGUUGAUCAACCGACCUGACUAUGACGACAGAGACGCCGCUUGUUGUGCUGUCACCGCUGGAAGUAUUGAAUGCCUACAAUUGCUGCUAGAUGCGGGGGCUCGAACGGAUUAUCGCUUUGCCACUGAGAUUCCAAUUUUGGUGGACGCCCUGACUGGUUCAAACAUACAGAUCACUCGUCUCGUGUUAGAAUCUAUUGAAGCAGACUUUGCAUUGAGUCGACGUGACCAGUAUUGGUUAGUAGCGCUAAAACGGGAUUUACGCAUUACUCUGGAGUACUUCAAACUGCUCAAGGCAUACGCGGUCCCAUACGGGAUAGGCGACUUCGAGGAGCUAUGCCUCAGUCUAAUUGAAUGGGAGCCAUCAACUCCUGGAUUGGAAGAAUUGCUGGUUUAUUUGUGCGUGGAUGCAACAGAUCGCUGGUCCAGACACCGCGAAGAAGUCGUUGAGGGAUUGCGCAGAAUCACUUCUUUUUGUCUUCGAAAACUUGUUCCCCAAACCAGAACGCUUGAUUCCGUUCAUCGCUUGCAACAGUUGGGUGUACUGGAACCCCCUCGAUCAGUUCGCGCGUGGCUACGUUUGCUUAACGAAUGGGGUGUCCCUUUCGGUCACAUCGAUGACCCCGUUGAACAGGAUAAACUCCUAUCUGAUCUAUCCACCGCGAAUCAUCCAGUCCCGUUGAUUCAUGAUCCCAGUUUAACUCCAUUGGUGCUUUACUUUGCCACUUUAUCUCUAAAAUUUCCUCAUCCCGGUUGGCUAACAAGUUGGAGCGCGAUAUGCACACGUAUUGGUUAUGACGGAUGUAGCUUGUCCACGCUGUUCGAAUUGCACACCGUAAGACAUUCACGCUCUGCACCUGAUUUUUUCUGGUGCGAAGUUUUUCCCCUGACCGCACUUCGAGCCAUCUCUGUAGCGGACUCAAACACUAUUUGUUUGCCGGUAAUUUGUCAAGAGUUAGAAAAUCUGGUUGAUCAUAUCCUUUCGCAUUGUCCAUCUAUGCGACCAGAUCAAUGUGGAGAUCAGGAAAAUCUUCUGUUCAAAGUUCUUUCCUCGUUUCCAGCUUCUUGUAAUGCACCCGGUCAUCCAUUGUUUAUCUCAUUCGCCUCACGUUAUCUGUUGCCUUGGGUCCAUGAAAAGCCUGCACCUCAAACACGCCCACACGGUCUCAUCACUAGCACAGUUCAUGUGCUUUCGCAUCGCACUCUCCUGGAAACGGUUCUGGAUUAUUCACCCGCUAUGGCCUUGUAUUUGAUUCGCAAUCUACACGACUGGCCCCGUCGAGCCCAAUCCCAUAUAUCCUUGUUAGCUGAUUGUCUAGUACUUGCGUACACGGAAACACAGAAUCACUUGGUUCUUCCCGAACAACUGACCGGUCUACUGCCCAUUGAGGGUUCAAAUCUAACAGAUCUCACGGUAUCUUCAACUCUGUCCACCAUUUCGGAUUGGUUUCGCGAAUGGUUUGUUCGAAUCCAGUCAGAGCCGUUGAGUUUACGCACACUGGCAAAGCUUCAAAUUCGGCUACUGAUUCGUCGAUCUUUGUCCACUGCUCCAGGUCAGGGUUCAAAACCAUUGAGUUGUAUAGCGCUGCAUCUACCCAUACCGCCGGCAUUGAGAACGUUCAUCGUGAAUUGUGAACUUGUUUAG